UCAGUGUAAAAUAAAAUUAGGGUUGCGCCCACAAGAACACAGCGAUCUACAAUAAGUAUUCUUAAAGAUUGGGCAUUUCUUCUUUUCUCCAUCUCUGCGUAUAGCCGCCGCUCGCUCUCUCACAAUUGUCUCCUUCUCCGGAUCCUAAUUUUUUCUAAGAAAUGUCGGAGGAUGAUGAAUAUCGCUGUUUUAUCGGUAACUUGUCAUGGUCUACCUCUGAUCGAGGAUUAAAAGACGCAUUUGAGAAGUUUGGCAAUCUUGUUGAUGCAAAGGUUGUACUUGACAAGUUCUCUGGCCGAUCUCGUGGAUUUGGGUUUGUUACAUUUGAUGAAAAGAGAGCAAUGGAAGAUGCCAUUGAUGCAAUGAACGGAAUGGACUUAGACGGCCGUGCUAUUACUGUAGACAAGGCCUCGCCUCAACAAGGUUCAGGCAGAGAUUUUGGUAGUGAUCGACCCCGUGACCGUGACCGAGAUCGUGGUCGUGAUCGCGGUAGCCGUGAUUAUGGAGGUGGGCGGGGAUCUGGUGGUGGAGAUUGCUAUAAUUGUGGUAAGCCAGGACAUUUUGCUAGAGAAUGCCCUAGUGAAGGGGGUAGAGGUGGUAGGUAUGGUGGCGGAGGUGGUGGUGGUAGAGGUGGACCUGACAGGAAUGGUGAUCGAUAUGGAAGCCGCAGCAGCAGAGAUGGUGGUGGUCGUGAUCGUGAAGGAGGUGAACGUUUUGGCCGUGAUCGUGAUCGUUCCGGGCCAUAUGAUCGUCGCAGUUCUGGAGGCUAUCGAGGCUGAUACUCUAAAUUGUGCUGAAGAGUUAAAAGUCCUACAAGCUGGAUACAAAUGUUUUGGUGCAUGUCUUCUUGGUGCCUUGUUUCCCUGGCCUGUCAGCGGAAUCGUUUGAGUUCAUGAAACCUUGCUGUUAUAAACUACUGUUCUAUGUCCGUGAAUGUUCGAUAACAUGGUUUGAUUGGGAUCUUAUGCUUGCUUAAUUUGCAAAUUUGAAUUUGGCCUCA